UUCCAACAAAGAGAGAGUCCUUAAUUUCUUCAAACGAACAGAAAUAUGCUAUCAGCUAAGGAAAAAAUCAGCAAUAUGGCAAGUGCUGCCAAGAAGCAUGUAACCAUAUGCAGAGCCAAAGUUGAUGAAAAGGUAGAGAGAGCGUCAGCAAGGACACAUGAACAAAAACAGAUAGCAAAGGAGCGAAGAAAGGCGAAAGAAGCUCAGGCUAAGAUGAAAUUGCAUCAAGAAAAAGCUAAGCAUGCUGCGGAGAAAUUGAGUGGGAGGCGAGCACAUCAUCUUUCCGGUGCGACCCAUACAAACCACCACUAUCCAACUACAGUAGAUCCUGUAGUUGGAACCCAUGCACAUCAGCCUGUAGGAACCACAGGUACCAUGGCUGGAACAACUGUUCCUACUUACCCUUUAGGAGGCCAUCCUCCAGGUUAUAAGUACGUCUAGGCAUAAUUUGUAUCUUUUUUUUUAUAUCCUUUUCGUAUGUGUCUGGUGUGUAGAUGCUUGUGUUCUCUAAUGAGUUCAAUGCGUGAAUAAGGAGCAAGAAAGACUUCAAAGCUUUCAAAUACUAUCUUUUAUUCACUUGAUAUGUACUACUAAUAAAAGAGAUGGAAAAUAAAGAACAA